AUGGGCGCUAAUGACCGGGGGAAAACUUACAUUACGGUUAGUGCUGUGCUCGUCGCUCUGUCCACGGUUAUUGUUGGGUUUCGGAUCGUUGCAAGAUGGAUGAGAACCACUCUGGGACUGGAUGACUAUGUCAUCUGUGCAUCGAUUAUUCUUGCCUAUAGCAUGCUGGGGGAAGCGGUUGUUUGGGCUCGAGAUGGAGGGCUAGGAAAGCACAUGGACGAGCUAAGCGUCCAGGAGAAGAUCACCUUCCAGAAGGCGAGUAUCAGCUGGCAUGCAAUUUGUUUCUUCGCCAACGAGAUCUCCUAUACGCUCCUCGUCCCCUCGAUCAAAAUCUCUAUCCUCCUACUAUAUCGCCGAAUCUUCGCCGUUCGCAAGUUCAGGAUCGCGAGUCUCAUCACCGGCGGUCUAGUCAUGUCAUGGUGUCUCGCUGUCUUCAUUACCGUCUUUCUUCAAUGUCGCCCGAUUGCCCUGAACUGGGACAAGACAUUAGAGGGAACCUGUAUUGACCCGAAAAAGUUCUUCUUCGGCAAUGCGAUAUCCAACCUCCUUAUUGAUGUGGUUAUUCUGGCGUUACCGAUCCCGAUGGUUCUACAGCUCCAACUACGCUUGUCGCAGAAGCUGACUAUUCUGGGGAUAUUCCUUCUGGGUGGAUUUGUCUGUGUCGCGAGCAUUAUGCGCGUCGUUACCCUCGAUGUUUUCGAGACUAUGGAUACGUCAUACUCCGUGAUGGAAGCCGCAACCUGGACCUUCGUCGAGCCCUGCGUCGGAAUCAUCUGCGCUUGUUUACCGACCCUUCGACCCCUGCUACGGACACUAUGCUGUUCCUUUUCAUGGAGCACGGAUCAUUCAGACGGUCCACCGGCAAACUAUAGGAUGCACAGAAUAUCCAGCGCCGCAAAGAAUGACUCAGCCGGUAGGAGCGACAGAGAAUGGGACAAUAAGCGAUUUGGGGAUGAGUUCGCAUUAAUGGGCGGGAGCACGAAAAUAACUGUUAAUGGAGAUGGUGCUUCUUAG